CCCCAGAUUACUGCCCUCUUCAUCGCCAACCUCACAGUCGGCCCAAGCCUACCACUUGUCACCAUAACUUCUGGUUUGGUUUGAAUUCCCAACUGCAACCCAACUCACAACUCAGACAUAAUUACAAGACUUGACCGGCGUCCGGCCCCCAAGCUGUACCAACCCGACAAACACUCGUUGGCUGCUUACACACAACGCAACAACCACGGCCACCAAUCGACCACAACAACACACAUCCAUAAGGUACAUAACCCGUCACAACAAUCAUCCUGAUGUUUCCCAGGUACGCCACCCCCUCCCCCUUCUCCCCUUGCCCAACAGCCUACACGAUCACAGUCUCCGGCCCAACAGCAACCAUAUCAAUCCUAAUCCCGCCACGCUCGAACAAUGUACUUGUACCUCCGCCAACCUGGCUCUCGCCGGAACGCCACACCCUCGCCUUGCUGCUAUGCACAGCCAUCACUUUACUAUCCCACCCCCGCAUCCUCAAGAUCAUUAGCUCCUGGGCCGCCUACUUGCUCUGGCCUAGCCGGCCGUUGCUGUGUCGCCUAUCCCUGCUCACCACCACGAUCCACAUCCCGGCCCUCCUCCGCCCGCCGUCGCCGCCCAACAUCCGCACUGACUCGUUCUCUCCUUUCCCCUCCCCCUACUGGGCAACGACGCUGCAUCUCCUGCUCCUGCAGUGGCAAGCGCCGCGCAGGGUCUGGGUGGCGCGCACGGCGGUGGUGUCAUACACCAUCGUCUUCCUCAUGCUCGCUUGGCUGCCGGCGGCGGCGGGCGAGGAACUGCUGGUGGGGUGGGUGAUUCCCCAGUUGGCGACACUGGGAUCUUUGUAUCUCCGGUCCGUGCUGGCCACGCUGGCGGUUCGGUUGCUCGUCUGGGCGGCGGUGGACGGUGUGCUGGGUGUUGUUGCGUUGCCGGCGAUGGGGUCGUUGUUCCUCCUCGUGGCGGAGCCGCUGUACUUCUUCGGGGAUGUGUUUGGGCACGCCGCUGAGUUUCUCUCGUCGUUGGGUUGGUGAGUUCCUACUAGUACCUUACACAGUAUAACGGUUUGAGACCCGGGUUAGGGUGAAUACAGUAGGUAGUAGUCAAUGGCAUGCGGCUUCUGCAGGCGAUACUCAUAUAGGUAUCUUUGUUCGCUUC